UAUCCCAGCAGAAACAGCGUGGGCCCAGCACUGAUUAUUUGAUGGCCCGUGUAACUAGCUAGUUUCUAAGCAAGAGUUUCCUCAAGAGACACCUACAGUCUUACUAAGGUCGUGAUAAUUGUUCUUUCGGACGUGAAUAAACCAUUACUUAGAGUUCGGCCCGGACUGCCAUAUAAUUUGCACAUCGGCGUAUGGAAAGACGUCACAACACGCGCCACGCGGCUGCCCUAGCAGCAGCAGCAGCUAUUGCCGCUUCUUCCUCCUAUAGUCCUGAACGUUCAGAUGUGAGGAAAGAAGAAGAGGUACCCUUAAAUGUGAAUUCAGAUAGUCCAGUUUUAGGGAAGAUAAUUAUGAACAAAGGAGAAAUGUACGAAAACUUCAAGUCCUGGGCCAUGAAGACUUACGGAGACAGUGCCAAGACUAAGACUGUUACCCGCAAAAAGUACACGCGUAUAAUAAAAAUCCUGAAAGGAGAAGAACACAGCAAUGCCGAAAAUUCUAAGUUUCGCUUCUGGGUGAAAGCCAAGGGUUUCAGGAUUGGUCCUCCCCCAACCCAACGCAUCGAAGGAGGACGUUCGGAUCAUCAUCUAUACGUCCCCUGUAACAAAGUAUCACCUGGCACCGGGAAAGAAGAGACAGUUUAUAAAAAAGUAGCGGUUGUUGAAAACUUUUUCGACAUCAUCUAUGAAGUUCACGUGGAUAUGGACACACGGGGCGGCAAGCAUGCUGGUCAGAAACGCACGUAUAAAACCAUUGCCGAAACAUAUGCUUUCCUGCCACGAGAGGCGGUAACUCACUUUCUGAUGUCUUGCGUCGACUGUCAGAAAAGAAUGCACGUCGGGGUGGACAGUGGCGGAAAAAGUGGUUCUCAUGGCAACAAGGAGCAUGGCGCCAGCAGCGGUAACACUUCCCCAGAGUCUGUCUCAUCAGCACGUGGCGACAGCAGCGCUACCCACUUAACAACGGACAUUGAUUAUAGCCUGCCAAUAACGACAACGUAUUUGAAACGUAUGCGAAGUCUAGGUUAUUCCGAAGAAGAAGCUUUGAAUUUUGACGGGGAGGAAGUUCCCUCGAACAUUGAGAGCGAGAGUAGUGAACAUGAAGCAGGAGGAAUGUUACCUAUUGAAGAGGAAGGGAAUUACCCCAUGAUAACAGAUGCUAACGAUGGAAUGAAUGAAAAUAAGAAGAAAGGACUGAGUCAGCAUCCAUCUGGAACUUGCCCAACAGAUGUACCUCUUGAUAUGAGUGGCCAAAAACGAGAAAAUGGACAUGUGAGAUGGUCACAGGAAGAACCAAUCAACAUGAUCAAAGUUAUUGACACCAAAGAUUCUGAGCAAAAAGAUCGUCCACUAUUACAACUAGCUAGCUCGAAGAGUGUUGGGGCUAUGCGUGAAACUUCGGAAACUCCUGAUGGCACGAAGGAUGAGGAAGACGAUGACGAGGAAGAUGAUGCAGACAAGAUAGAUGCGAAUGCGUAUGACCCUGAACGAUUAAAGGCGUUUAAUAUGUUUGUACGGCUAUUUGUCGAUGAAAAUCUUGAUCGGAUGGUACCAAUUUCACGCCAACCGAAAGAUAAGAUACAGGCGAUUAUCGAUUCAUGUAGUCGACAGUUUCCGGAAUUCUCCGACCGUGCCCGAAAGCGAAUAAGAACAUAUCUGAAAUCUUGCCGAAGAACUAAGCGCGCAAGAGAUUAUAAUGGAUGGGAUUUGGACCGAUCUACACCCCAUCUAUCGUCUCCGCUGGCUGAACAAAUUUUGUCAGUAGCGUGUGAUAACGAGAGUCACAACGCCAAGCGAAUGCGGUUAGGCCUAAAGCCCAUAUCAGUCUCCCUGACAGAAAUCGAGAGAUCUCGUGUCCUUCCUCAUUCUACUAGUAUGACUUCACAUUAUGGAGUUGAGGGCGAAAUGUCUCGAGGUGCUGGUGGGUUAAUAAGCAGGAAUUCCUUUGUACAUCCUCUAGAAUCCCAAUCUCAGCUUCAUGCUCAGCUUACUAAGCCUAUUCAGCAUUCUCAGUUGCUAGCCAAUCGAAACGCACCAGCCUCGAAGACAACUCAAUCUUCUAUUGCGUCAACUCGAAUAAAAAUCAUAAACGAUGGCACAUGUGGAGUACAGCAGUCCACUAACUCUUUGUUGCCAAGUAGCACCACCUAUCGGGAAAUGUCGCAAUUCCACAUUCCUGUGUCAGAUACAUCAUCGUCACAUUCUAACAAUAACCAUCAAGUGACGACUGCAUGUGGUGUUUUAACAAAUGGUCCAACUGAUCUGAGCGUGAAGAAACCUCCCUUACCACGUUAUUCUCUUAAUCCAAGUGAAGCCAACGCCGUUAAACAGCUGAUUGCCGGCUAUCGUGAGUCGGCUGCGUUCUUGCUACGAUCAGCUGAUGAACUGGAACAAUUAUUAAUGCAGCAAAAUUAACGAGCAGUAACGAUUUUACGAUAAAUAAAAUGCCAUAUUUUUAUCUUUCACCCAAAAAACAGAACAGAAGGUGAGCCAUUUAAAGUUCUAUAUACUAACUAACUAAGGUGAAUUCAUUGAGACAAACUGACUUUUAACGUCAGGUAAUUAGCUGUUUCAUCUUUAGGAACCUUCAGCAGAAUAGUGAA